GAGUUAUUUUCACUCGUGGAGCCGUUUGGAGCCUUUCUGCAUUUCGAAUUCCCAAGUCGUUCAAGGCGGACGUGUUACGUGGAAAUUGCUAUUUCGGUGUCUGUGCGUGUGUUGUGUGGCUGUGCUCGCUCUAGUGUGUGUAUAAUUUGCACAAGUUCGAAACAAAAACAAAUUGUAAGCAAAUAAUCGUCAACGUUGCGGUUUUUUGCUUUGUCUUCUUCCCCCAACUUCUACACUGCGCAAAUAAAUUCGGUGGCGUGUGACCCCCUACUCCCCCUCCGGAAAGCCGACAAAAAGUGUCAAGUGCAACUCGAUAAAUUAAUUAAUUGCCAACGCAAUAAGUUAACAACAAAUCCGAAGCAUCAACAUGAGCUGGCAAGAUUAUGUGGACAACCAACUGCUCGCCUCGCAGUGUGUGACCAAGGCGUGCAUUGCCGGACACGAUGGCAACAUCUGGGCGCAGUCUGCAGGCUUUGAGAUUACGAAGGAGGAACUGGCCAAAUUGAUUAGCGGCUUCGACCAGCAGGAUAUCCUUACCAGCAACGGUGUUACAUUAGCCGGCCAACGGUACAUUUACCUCUCAGGCACAGAUCGCGUGGUGCGCGCCAAGCUUGGGCGAAGUGGAGUCCAUUGCAUGAAGACAACACAAGCCGUCAUCGUUUCCAUCUAUGAGGAUCCCGUACAGCCCCAGCAGGCCGCUUCCGUUGUAGAGAAACUCGGAGACUAUCUGAUUACUUGCGGGUACUAGAUAGUAGGUGAAUAGAUCAACAACACAAACAACCACAACUCCACUCCAAAACAAAACAUAAACAAGACAAACAACAACUCCUCCAUCAAACACACACAACAAAGCACCAGCAACCAGGAAACAACAACCACAACAACAGCAGCAGCAACUUUGAUAUGAAGAUGGAUGGAUGGAAGGGAUCCCCUGAGCGAGGAAAAUGCUAAUAAUAAAAAAACGUAAAAAAUGGAAGUAAUUAUUAAUAUUUAAAUUAUGGAGUAAAUUUCCCCUCCCCCCACACACUAAACGGCCAAGGCGGAGGAGAUUUUGGGGAACGAGAGAGGAUGUGCAAACCGCAAUUCUGUUCUGAAACAAAAAAACG